AAAUUGAAGCCAUUCUCAACGUGGCUUCAACACAAAAACAUGUCUCCACAGAUUUCCUCUCCUGCAAUGGCCUACAAGUACACUUCCACUUUCCUUGCACUUGUUCUUAUCUCCAACGUCGUGCUUGCCAAUGUUGCUACAGGACGUCACGUUCCCAAGAAAUCCAAAACCCAGGACAAGAAAGAGCCAGAGUGGUUGUUUCACUCUGGUGAUCAUGGCAUUGGACGGCUAGGGCUGCCGCCUAAGUUUAAACUUCCUCACUUCCCCUACAAUGGUGGAAGCACUGGUGGAGGCGUCGAACCGGGUUCAGGGCCAACCGGACGUAGAUAUGUUCCUGGCGGUGAUGAUACGUUUGUCCCAAAUCCAGGUUAUGAGGUCCCGUAUCCUGGUGGUGGAGCUCCGGCACCUGUUCUUCCCUGAGAUCACUCAAUUACAACUAGCAAGCUAUCGUGCAUGAAUGAAUGAACUCGAUUCUGCUAUUACUUAAUUAAAGUGUGCCCUAGGGAGUGGAACUUCUAGUUUUUAAGGUCGUUUGUUCCAGUUUGUGGUGAAUAAGGUAUAAGGAUGCUUAAGUUGCGGAUUUAUG